UGACUACUGCGACUCUAAAUAACUGCCGAGACUCCAAUUGGCGAAAGCUCCUCCCUCUCUUCCUCCGUUCUACGCUGCAAAUUUUGCUGCUUAUAACGAAUUAAAGCAGAAAAGGAGCAAUAAAAUGGCUGUAUUAACCUCACUAACAAGAUCGCUUGGCCAAAACUGCGUCAAAAGAUCAAAAAUUUCAGUCGUUUCGCAAAAUUUCCCCUCUCAUUACUCUCGCUUCCAAACACUGAGAACUCUGAUUUUGGAACCCUCUUUAUCCCAAUCCGUCAAGCUCCACCGUCUCUCCGACUGUGAUUCCGGUAUUGUUGAGGUCAAUUUGGAUCGGGCUGAAGCGAAAAAUGCAAUUGGGAAUGAUAUGUUGAGUGGCUUACGCCAUGCCUUCGAAGUUAUCGGUCAAGAUUCCGAGGCUCAUGUAGUUAUGAUCUCUAGCUCAGUUCCUAAGGUGUUCUGCGCUGGAGCUGAUUUAAAGGAACGAAAGAAGAUGAGUGCGUCUGAGGUUCAUUCUUAUGUCAGCUACCUGCGGUCCACUUUCUCAUUAAUAGAGGAACUACAAAUUCCUACUAUUGCAGUUAUUGAAGGUGCAGCGUUGGGUGGAGGACUUGAAAUGGCUCUCUCAUGUGAUCUUAGGAUUUGCGGAGAAAAUGCAUUAUUGGGCUUGCCAGAAACAGGACUGGCUAUAAUACCUGGUGCAGGUGGGACUCAAAGGCUUCCUAGAUUGGUUGGAAAAUCAAUUGCAAAGGAGCUUAUUUUUACAGGUCGAAGAAUUGGUGGCAGGGAUGCAAUGUCCAUCGGUCUUGCCAAUUACUGUGUUCCUGUCGGUGAAGCCCGUCCAAAAGCUUUAGGAAUUGCUCAGGAAAUAAAUCAGAAGGGUCCAAUAGCAAUAAGAAUGGCAAAGAGGGCUAUAAAUGAGGGGAUUGAGAGGGAUAUGAUUUCAGCAUUGGAUUUAGAAGAAGAGUGCUACGAACAGCUUUUGGAUACGAAGGAUCGCUUGGAAGGCUUAGCUGCAUUUGCUGAGAAGCGUAAGCCAAGAUAUACUGGUGAAUAAGAAAGAACCUGACUUUUGCUAGAAAACAACUUCUUGAUAAACUUAUUUACUGAUAAAAGUUAUCUUUGUUUUAUAUUUGGAUCCUUGAGAAGUCCAUAUGUUGGAUGAACUAUCUUUAGCUAGUAAAA